UGUAAAUGGGGAUCGGGGCAUUCUUUAACAGCCUUUAUGCUUUCUUAUUUGGUGGUAUUCUUGGAUACCAUCUGUAUGAUCAAAUAACAUUGCCCGGACAACCUGAAAUUGAAUUCAGGCAAUUUUCUGGGUAUAUUGAUAUUGACCCAGAUGCUGGCAGAAGUCUUUUCUAUUAUUUCGUUGAAGCCGAGAAGGACCCGUUGGAUCUACCCCUCACCAUUUGGUUAACCGGAGGACCAGGCUGCAGUUCAGUUGCAGAUAGCUUUGUUGGUAUUGGUCCUUUCACUACUACAAACAAUGCUCACGCCCUCAAGAUAAAUCCAUAUGCAUGGAACAAAGUGUCAAAUAUGCUGUUUAUUGAUACGCCUAUUGGAUCUGGAUGGUCGUACUCAAAUACAAGCAGUGAUUAUCAAACUGGAGAUUUUAGCACAAAUAAAGACCUACUUACAUUCUUUGUGAAAUGGUUCGAAAAGUAUCCGAUUUUCAAGUUUAGAGAUUUAUAUAUUUGUGGAAUAAGUUAUGCAGGACACUUCGUAACUCUCUUGGCUAACAGUUUACUGCAUUUCAACAAUGAAACAAAGAGUACAAGGUUUAACCUUAAAGGAUUGGCAUUGGGAAGUCCCGUUCUUCGGUAUAAGCUAGACGUUAUUGCACAAUAUGAAUUGUAUGCAUCAAAAGGGAUGAUUUCUCAUAAAAUGUACCAUAAAAUCUUGAAGCAAUGCAAUGAAACAGAUGAGGACAACUAUUCCAACGAUUCCCCAGAAUGGUCUGAAUCAUGCGAACAUGUCAUGAAUAAAGCCCUAAUGACUGCUUUUAACGUAAGUUCAGUUAGAGAAGCUAAUAAAAUGCGAUUUGAUAUCGUUCGUAACCCGUGUGACGGAAGAAUUGAAGAUCUAAUCGCCGGAAAAGAGAUUACCAUGGUUGUUGGUGGAAUAGAUAUGUGCAUUCCUAAUAGAGUAGAUUUCUAUUUUGGCAUGCCGGAAGUUCAACAAGCUUUUCAUGGAAAUCGAACCCACUUGGGGUAUAAAUACUCGGGAUGCUUCCAGAAUAGUGGUCUCAAUUACAGCAUAGCUGACCAACAUGUUGACAUGCUUCCGAUAUUGAAGGAAAUUCUCGAACAUUCUGUUCCUAUUACCAUAUUCAGUGGAGAAGAUGAUGGAGCAGUGCCUAUGAUUGGAACCUUACGACAUGUUAAAAAGUUAGCCAGCGAAAUGAACUUUACUUUGACCAAAGAUGAAGCUUGGAAUAGUGAAAACAAGGAAGGAGGACGGCUGUACAAGUUCGGAGAUUUGUUGACUUUCAUGUCUGUAAAAGGAGCAAAUCAUCAUGUGCCAUUGUCUAAACCAUCUCAAUCUUUAUAUAUCUUCGAAAAUCAUGUAGUUGAGCAAUCAGAUUAA